GGUUGGGGUCAUCUGCUUUGGUAUAAACUGACUUAUUUUGCUUGGAGUUGCAGCAGGAGGGGUUAUUAUACUUGCACUACUAGUAGCUGCUGCAGCAGUUGUUGGUUUGGGACCAGACACACCAGGGUCAGUAGACGUUGAGGCAGCUUGCCCUCUGUCCUCCAACUGCACUGUGGGAUGGACAGUUCUGAUGUGUCUGUGCAGGUUUGUGGUGGAACGUGCUCUUACUGUUAUUUUCAUUUUACAGUGAAGGCACUCUGCUCUGCUAUUCCCAAUAUCUUUAAACUGCAGCCAGAUGCUUCUUCGUUUACGGGUGUCAGUCAUAUUUAUGUAUUUUUGCGACGCACUCGCACUCUCCUCCUCACCGCUGUCUACUGUCACUCACUCUCACUGAUGGGGACGGACAGACGCUCCACCUGACUGUCGCGUCUGUCCCCCUCUCUGUUUUCACAUAAUGGUAUGAUCCUAUAUCCUCACGUGUGAUUGGCCACCAUGCUGCCAAUCAAAACAAAGUUCUGCCGUGAGCAGAGCUGAGCCACUGAGAGUGAGAGCUGAGCAGCGAAAGGAAAAAAAAGUGGGGAGCCGACUCUCACUCGAUGGGAGUUGGCUCUUCUGAUUCACUACAAAGGAUCAGUGUCAGGACCUCAGACACACUGGUUAGUAGGGACUGAAUGUAGUUUGGGACGCAGUCGGAACUCCCAAAGAACCAUAAAAGCAGAACUGAACUUUGUUCACACUUAAUGUUGCUUACUGAUAGCAUCAAGGACACUUUCUUGAAGCAAGGUGAGCAGGACCCAACUGUGCUGACUAUGGGAGUCCACGGACUUCACAGCUACAUCGAGAGCAACAGUGAUUUUCUGACGACAUGCUGCUUUCGAGAAAGAAAACUCAUCAUCGAUGGAUCCAAUUUGUACUACUGUCUUUACUUCAAGUCUCACUUGGAUCAAGCACACGGUGGAGAUUACGAUGGCUUUGAGAAGAUAGUCACACGGUUUUUCAGAAAUCUCAGAAUUUGCCAUAUUGAGCCGUACGUGGUGCUCGAUGGAGGCAGCGACGUCAGUGACAAAAAAUUUCACACCCUGAAGACAAGAUGCCAAGAAAGAAUCAGAAGUGCGAACGCCUUGUCCAGGGGACGCUCAGGACAGAUUAUACCCAUUCUCAUCAAAAACGUGUUCAAACAGAUCCUCCAGAAACUCAGAAUUCCCUUUAUUCAGUGCCUGGCAGAGGCGGAUUGGGAAGCAGCCGCAUUGGCCAGCGAGUGGAACUGCCCUGUUCUGUCCAAUGACAGCGAUUUCUACAUCUUCAACAUCAAGAGUGGAUUUUUGCCCAUCACUCAUUUCCAGUGGAGGAAAGUGCGUCUGCUGAAACGCAGUGCAAAAAAAUUCAUCCCUGCCAAAUCAUACCGCGUUCGAAAUCUCUGUGCUGCUUUUAACCACAUGAAUAAGUAUAAUCUUCCACUUUUUGCCGUCAUCCUGGGCAACGACUACACCAACCUGGACAAGAGUGCAUUUCCAAACUUCUCAACGUUCUCAACUAGACCUGGAGGAGCUGCCAAGAUCGAUGGUUUACUCACGUGGUUAUCACGUUUCCCCAGUCCUAAAGAAGCCAUCGCUGCUCUCCUCAGCCCCCUGGGGAAGAACAGGAAAUCAAAGAAACUUAACACUGCAAUAAAACAGGGAAUGGCAGCAUACCAACUCAAGCAGAGCUCCAUCGCCCAGUUCUUCAUAAGCGGAGAACCUCAGAUGAGGCUUCUGGGCCCUUUACAGAACCUGCCGGACUGGACUCUGAAACCUGUGGCAGAAGGCAACCUGGCCUCCUUCAUCAUUGACGUCCUGACACUGCAGAGGGUCAUGCUGAACUUCCAGGUGGAGGAUUAUGGGCUGAGCAGCAGCAAUGAGACGUCUCGGCUGAUCCGACAGGUGAUGUACGGCGUACUGCUGUGUACCAGGUGUCAGAAAGUUGGUGAACGCGGCACGUCUUCUGGAGAGAAACAGCAAUACAACGUGGAGGAAUACGACAGGCAGGGAAUGACGCUGACCAGCUCCAUGGUUCCAGCUGUUCUACCCAGAUGUGUAGCACCACACCUUCACCUGGACUCACUGUGGGAGGAGCCGCAGCAUUUGCGUCUGCAGGUCGUGUUGGAGACUCUUGGUGUGUCUCCGAUCGCUGAGUCACUCCAUGUCCCUGAAGGUCUGCAGCUAGCCGUGUACGUCACAUGUUUCUGGCUAAAACACGCAAAGCCUGAGCCAAGAGCAGAGAUGUUCUGGGCUUUACUGACCAACCUGGUCUAUGGACACCUGUGCAGAGAAGAACAGACUGAGAAAGAGAUUGAACCAGUGAAGUUGAGGUUUAAAAAGCUGCACAGUCGUAAGGGGAAGAAGAUCGUGGACCUGGAGUUGGCUCACGCUUUCUGUCAGUGGCAGUGCUGUCUGAAGAACAGCUUCAUUCUGAACCAGCUGCUGAAUCAUCCAGUGCCGGAGCCCGAGUUAGCACGGUUGUACUGUGGCUCUUUGGUGCACGGUGCAGCCCAUGAGCUGAAAAGAGGCAUCGAACCCGAGUCUUUUCUCGCUGGCGCGCCUGGUGCCAUCAGGCUUUACCGAAACCUGCAGGCCGCGGUGGAACGCGAGCUGGACGGCGACUUCAUGACGAGGCCGAGGGAGCUCUGGACACCGGUGGAUGAACUGAGUAAAGAGUUUAAACAUUUGAUGGAUGAGGAUGAGAAUGAGGAUGAAGAUCUGCACAUGAAGGAUGAGAAGUUGCUCAUGGAAACCUGCAGUGUUCGCACGAGACACAAAACCAAACGCAAAACUCCAAACUCCAAAUUGAAGAAGCAGGAGCGCGUGAGCUGGCAGUAAAUCUAUGCGUUGUAGGGGUUUUUUUUUUAGUAACACAGUUCUGUUAAUCAGUGUUUCUAAAAGACGCAGCAACAGAUGAUAAAAAUGUGUUUUACAAAUGUGUUAUUACAAGUUUUGAUCAUUUCAUGGCUAAAAAUCAAAAGGCAGAGAGAUUCGGUAUGUGCUGAUAAUCAGUUCUAUAAUACAUCACAAUAUUGUUAUGAAUACGGUUCCAAGCAGAAGGAAGUGUCCCAGAUACACAGCAUCUUGAGCAAUAUUUAGAAGAAUACAGUACGUUUCAGAAAUACAGCUCGUCACUUUCAGACCAGAACGUCAGUGACGAAGGAGCUCAUCUGUCCUGCCAUCAAAACAACCCUGACGACCAAAACGUCAAACAGAACCGAAAUGUGACGAUGUGAGAAGUUCAGGUUUAUUAUAAAACCCUUUAAAAACAGCAACAGUUGACCAAAGUGCUGAACAGUCCAACUCAGUAAAGAGUCAUACAUAUGGGCUAAAAGCAGAUCAAGGACACAGAAAGGAAUACACACUACACAGAACAACACAACGCAUCACCACUCAUACGGAGUCAAAAGCCAGGGAGAAAAAAUGUGUUUUCAGGAGGGAUUUGAAAAUAGGCACUGAAGGGACAAGCCUUACAUGUAAGGGGACUUCAUUCCACAGUUUAGGACCAAUGACUGCAAAGGCAUGAUCCCCCCCCAACACACACACACACUGCAAAAAAUAAAAAUCUUCGGAAGUUUAUUUGUCUAUUUUCAAGUCAAAACAUCUCGCCACCCUUAUUAUAAGACAUAAUUGCCCAACAAGCAAAACCUCAUUUAGCUAGAAAGGCUAGUUUUUAGACAGUCCAUCUUGAAAAUCUUGUCUAGACAAAAUGUCUUGAAAAAGUCUUAUUUGGAGCACCUUUGAAAAUAAAACAAGUUUUUUUUAAAACAAGUAAGUACAUUUUGGACAUUUGUCAAAUGCGGUUCAUCUUGUUUCAAGAAAAAAAAGUAUGCUUGUUUUGGGAAUAAAUGAACUUUACUGAAAUCUUUGAAUCUUUCAUUACAAUUCAACUCCACCUUACAGAUCCUAAGUUUACUGCGACUGUUUUCUCAGUCAUUCAGAGUGAGCUCCUUCUAGAUGCUCUACAGACUCUAGACCAGACAAGCGCCUUCAAAAAGCCUAUGAGUGAGUGGAGGCGUUUUAGUGAGGGCUUUUUGGAAUGCUGGGAGUUAAGUUCAGUGUUUGUUUUUUUUGUGCCUGAUCUUGUAAACCCCUCGUACACAUGAAUAGCCAGUGCCCCCAAAAUGGCGUUGUGUAAGCACUGUAAGUCAAAAUGCGUAGACUUUUUUUUUUUGUGCCUGAUUUUGUAAACCCCUCGUACACUGCACUGUUGCUUUGGCGUUGUGUAAGCACUGUAAGUCAAAAUGCGUAGACUUUUUUUUUUUGUGCCUGAUUUUGUAAACCCCUCGUACACUGCACUGUUGCUUUGGCGUUGUGUAAGCACUGUAAGUCAAAAUGCAUAGACUUUUUUUAUUAUUAUUAUUAUUAUUUAUUUUUGGUGCCUGAGGUCCUGGGGAAGUGGAAUCUUAAUGUUUGAAUGUUGAAAUGGGAAAAAAAAUAAACUUGUUGCAAUGCUA